GUAACGAAUAAAACGUGAUACCGUGAGCAACCCCCCUUAGCAAUCAGAUUACCAGUAUAUAUAUAUACACAUCUAUAUAUAUUUUUAUACCGACGCGAGGAUAGAUGAUUUUUGUACGUGAUUUUUGUAUCCGACUGAGAAGUGACAAUACCGACGCGAAUGUAUCAACGAGAUAGAUCAAUAUCGUUUUAUUAAGUAAUCUCUUUUCAAGGAAUAGGUAGGUUUGGCCGAGUAUUCACUCUUCCACUCCAUUUCCAAUGGGUAGAACAGAUAUGUCAAAAACGCUGAACGCUUAUAGAAUCAAAAAAAUAGAACACAUUGGCAGAAUGACGGCCAUGACGCAGGAAGAGAUUGUGGCCGGUGCCCGCACCGUUGCCCAGGGUCUGGAGGCUUUACGCGUUGAGCAUGGUGGUCUUCUUCAAGGUCUACAGUCCCAGGAUGCACCAGCUGCCCGGGAGAAGGCUAGUCUCUUGUCGAAGAAUAUCGAGAUGAUUGAACUUGGCCUAGGCGAGGCUCAGGUCAUGAUGGCUCUGGCGAGUCACUUGCAGAUGGUAGAGGCUGAAAAGCAAAAGCUCAGGACUCAGGUCAGACGACUGUGUCAAGAGAAUGCGUGGCUCAGGGAUGAGCUAGCUGGCACCCAGCAGAAGCUGCAAGCCAGCGAGCAAGCGGUUGCUCAGCUUGAAGAGGAACAGCGGCAUCUGGACUUCAUGGCGAGCAUUCGACAGUAUGAUCCAGAUCCUCCGGCAGUGGAUGAAAAUGCUAAGGACAGACCUAAGGACGAUCCUGUAGUCGACCUAUUCCCGGACGAUGAGGCUGACGAGCGAAACAGUAAGUCGAUGUCACCGACUCUGCCAUCGCAAUUCGCACAACAAGUAAACGCUGGCUAUGAAAUACCUGCGCGUUUACGUACCCUGCACAAUUUGGUAAUUCAGUACGCUAGCCAGGGUCGCUACGAGGUUGCUGUGCCACUGUGCAAGCAGGCACUGGAGGAUUUGGAAAAGACUUCCGGUCACGAUCAUCCGGAUGUCGCGACGAUGCUCAACAUCCUCGCGCUGGUAUAUCGUGAUCAGAACAAAUACAAAGAGGCUGCUAAUCUUUUGAACGAUGCGCUAGCCAUUCGCGAGAAAACGCUCGGUGAGAAUCAUCCAGCCGUUGCUGCCACCUUGAAUAAUCUUGCCGUUCUCUACGGGAAGCGCGGCAAGUACAAGGAAGCCGAGCCACUUUGUAAGCGUGCUUUGGAGAUUCGUGAGAAGGUCCUUGGCUGCGAGCAUCCGGACGUUGCUAAGCAGUUGAACAACCUCGCGUUGCUCUGCCAGAACCAAGGUAAAUACGAGGAAGUCGAACGUUAUUACCAGCGUGCUCUGGAGAUCUACGAGGCCAAGCUUGGACCUGACGACUCAAACGUCGCUAAGACGAAAAAUAACCUUGCUUCCUGCUACCUCAAGCAGGGCAAAUACAAAGCCGCCGAAGUACUCUACAAGCAAGUCUUGACUAGGGCUCACGAGAAAGAGUUCGGUGCUAUUGACGGUGAUAACAAACCCAUCUGGCAGGUAGCAGAGGAGCGGGAAGCAAACAAGCACAGGAACAAGGAGAAUGCCCCAUACGGCGAAUAUGGCGGAUGGCACAAAGCUGCAAAAGUCGAUUCUCCUACCGUAACUACGACAUUGAAAAAUCUUGGCGCUCUCUACAGACGGCAAGGGAAAUACGAGGCUGCGGAGACACUUGAAGAUUGCGCCCUGAGGUCACGAAAAGAGCAGCAUAUACAGCAGGCCCUGGACCUGGUGAAGCAGGCAAAGGUAGCGCAGAUCCUAGGAGACGAGAAGGGUACAACCAGGCGUGGUUCAAGAUCUAGCCUGGCGAACAGCGAGCACGAGCAACAGGAGGAGAGCUCCCUGCCGCUGGUACAGAGGGCACUCCACGAAGGACAGUCUGGCCACAACGACGCUAGUCCUAACAAACCCGGUUUUAAACACAAGAUCUUUCACGUUUUCGGUAUCAACUCCUCCACGUAGGAUGACGUGUCUUGCUGGUUGCAUUGCCUGGUCGUUUGUAUGACGUUCGUCGGGCGUUAGUAGGGGGAAUUUCACUACAUAGUUUCUGUCUCUUGUUUUCUUUUUAUACAUGGUGUAUGCAACGCUGCGAAUCCGUAUUCUUCGUUUUUCUAGGAUUAAGCGGUUUAGUAGUGUGGAACAGCGAGGUUUUCAGCAGCACUGUUCUAGGUGCCUGUUAAAGUUUUAUUGCCAGUUGCAUAAAUCGCGGCGAUCACCACGUAAAUUUUGUGCAGAAUGCCUUCUCUCUCUUAUUAUUGAGUAUAAAUCCCGACGUGAAAUACUUUGUGCUACGUAGACGCGGGUAUCCGGUGAUCAUCGGCUGUUUGACACAGUCCUGAUUGCCGAUUUCGUCUUGGUUUUUCACAGAGAGCAUCGAAUUGUCGCGCGACUUUAGUCGAUAUAUUCAUUUUAUAGGGAAAGAUUGCUUCCGGUAUGUUUUAUUUUUCUUUUUUUCUUUUAAUACAAACUACUUUUAUAUUGACAGUAUAUUCCACAAAGGAAAUUGACAAAUUACUUAUAAUCGGAGACAGAAAAAGAAAGAGUAAUAUGAGAAAUUUGUAUUUCCCGCGCAUUUACCAAAGUAGCUUCCAUCGAAGAAAAUAGGUGCUUCCGUUUGAUAAUUAAAAAAGAUUAUGCAGCCUUGUCAGACGAAAAAUUUACUUCGAGGCUCUCGAUUACUUUAGAAAUUCAUUUGUCUUUGCACCACGACGCGUUUCACGCUUUAUUCUAGAUGAUCGAGAUGCAUUUACGGUCUUAGUACGUAUUUGAGGAUAGUUUAUCUUUCUCGCGUUGGUACAAGACAUACCUUCGAGUUCACACUGUGCUUCGUUUCGUUCUGAAGAGAUAAUUAUUAAUUAACAAUGUAUACUACUUUGCUUUGCAUAACUAUAUAGGAUUAGUAUAGAUGCGCAAAUGCGAUUUUAAUGUUAAAAAAGGAAACCGACGCUCAAGGAUUUGUCAAUGUAUUCGCAAAAGUUGUAGCAGACGGAAUAAUGUCUUUCCGAAGAUUUAUACACGCGUUUCGCAUAAUACUUUUUACGAAGUCGUAAAAGUCUCCUCGCGUUUAUUAAAUCGCUUUAAGAACACCCAGUUAACGGUCGAAAAUUGUAGGUACAUAGAGAUAUAUGGAAAAUGUGAUUUUAAACGAAUGAAUUUGUCAUAAAAAAAAAUCUUUUUCAACUUCGUGUUCACAACGUUCGCGUUCGAGUCCAAAUAUUCUCGUAUAGGGUGUCUCGAAUUUAGUCGAAAACCAUAAAACUUUGUAAACACUGCAGGAGAGCAAUGCGUAUAUACAAGUGAUUAUAGAUACUUGACACAAGAACGUUUUGUAUGCUUUCGUUUUAAUGAUUUUGUUAAACGGAUGCUUUGAGGACGUUAAAUAAUUGGGAGACCCACGAGUUACGAAGGAUCUCAGCAGUACGUGAUAGGCACUGUGUGGUAGACAGAUUGAAUUCCUGUAUCGCUUCCAUUCGAGGCACCUUGUAUUGUACUUUACUAGAUAGUGUAAUUACGUCUUUUAAUAUGAGUAAUGAUAAAUAUUUUAAUAACGUAUCGCUAGGUAGGUCGUGUCGCUAAGUUUUAUAAUCUACUGCUUCCAAUGAUUCACUGUUGGCUGAUCCGUUGGACGUAGUCUAACGAUGAUGAAUAAUGGAGGGUAGUGCCUUGAUACUUUAAUAAAUAUAAAGAUAAUAAAUUAUUUUACAAACAAACCAAGCUUCGUUCAACUUAAUUGUUACUUGUUCGCGCGUAUUGUUGCAAUUUGUAAGGAGAGAGCUACGAGGUCUUUGUAAAAGAAAACAAAGUGACGUUCCUUUAGAAUUGAGAGAGCAUUUAUAUUACUUUUGAUUUUUCUACCUUCGCACGUAUGUCUCUGUUAACAUUGUUGUUGGACCCAUUUUUUUUCUUGUUCUUUCUUUCUUGGAUAUCUGCGUUGUCGUUUCUUUUUUGUUUCGCUUUGAUUUGAGUACUGCGGGCCCGGGCUUAGGUACGGGAUGGCCAUGGAACGCGAUUCACCUGGACACGAGCUGCGAAUGACUCAUGGGAUUCGACAGGAUAGAAAGCACUCGGUUCGUGCUCAGUAAAGAAGAUGAUGGAUAAAGGAUUGUAUAACGCUUGGAGAAGGAGGCAGGAAGGAAGAUUGAUGAAGAGGCUAAUGGCAUAUGUGAGAAGGAAGGAAGAGGACUCUACAAUGUUUCCCUAAAAACAUUGAGCGACGUCCGAUUAAGAAUACAAGAAAAUGUCUGCAUUAUUUACAAUUACACGGCACAUUCCAGCUGCUUUUAACGAGACGCGAGAAUACGUGGCUCGUUUUCGAUCGGCCGGUCUCUUCGACAUUUUUUAUAGCUCUUCAAUGAGUAUUUCUCGAGGAAAAAAAACCUCGAAAAGAAGUCCGUGUCCUAUACGGUUGCUGCAUGGCUAAUUUUCAUCACUGUUGCUUAUUUAACCGUACGCCAAGCAAAACCGUUUAAUACGUUGCACGUGUUGUACGCGCGAGAUUUAAACAGUUAAGAAAUUUCCUGAGUGAAUUCUAUUGGUCUUAAACAGUGGCAGGCGAUUCAAUAUCGUACUUAUUGAGUCGGUAUUAGCGAUUUGAGUAUUAAGUCAUCGGGGUGCAACGAUUUUAAUGAAAGUCCGCUCAUCCAACAGCUUCGUAUAAAAUUCGCCCAGUGGUCAAUGUGGGAGAAUUGAUGAGUUGCGAUAAAGUAUUGAAUGCAUGUGAACUAUUUGAAUUUAAUUUACAAUGGUGGUUAACUAGAAUAUUUUAUUUUUAAUGAAGUUCAACAAAUUUCUACCAAAAGCCUGGCCCCAUAAGACAUUUUUUUUUUGGCUACAAUAUCUAUAUUCAAUGGGCAUAUCUAUGCAUUGUGGAUCAAGUUUGUCCAAGAUGAAACAUUGUAAUUUAUUUAUACGUAUCAUGACAAAACAUUCAAGACUAUUAUUUGUCCUACGUAGUGAUUUUAGAGGAACAGCUUUGUUCGAUCUGUCAUUUAGGCUCUUGAGUAUACGAUUACUAUUGUGAGUCUGAUGUUAUAACUCAACAAAGGAGAAAACUCUGAGACCAGUUAGAUUGGUUGCAAUUGGAUGUUGUAGAAGCUCGUGCAAAUAUUGAUACAGGCGUAAAAUGGAAGUGGUGAAAGUUUUGAGGUUACUUCGAGACUGGCCGUGCGUUGAUGUACAUUUAUUAAGUUGUAAUCUUAACGAUUAUUAUUUAUUUGGCAGCUAUUCUUACCGCUAUGAUUCCUUGGUGAGCAUGAAGAGCCAAGACCGUAAGAUCUUGAUACUAUAUGUAAUGAUUACUAUUGCACAGUAAUACUCUAAUGAUGGUUGCGCUGUGUAAGUAAUUGUAAUACAGGAUGCCUUAGUUGAUCGGUUUAGCAAUACGUAUUGGCUUAGUUUUAAUAUCCUAAUUGUCAGGAUCUUUCGUACUUCACUCAAUGGCUACCUGGAAUUGUGUAUUAUUUAAAGUAUCAAUCUCUUAAUAUACGACGGUGCAUAGUUAUAGUUGUACGCCAUGUUAUUAGGAUAUUAACCAGCGAAAGGUUGCAUUUGAUUUAACCUGUGCAAUUCCUUAUGACGUUAAGAGUCUCGAUCGAGCGGCGAAAUUCAUAUUUUAUAUGAAAUAGGGAGAUAUUAAACGACAAAAUGUGGAAUUGUUUAACAUGGGCUUACACAUAACAGUCCUCCGUUCGUUUUCUAUCUCAUUAUUCCUUUUAUUUUUUUUUUAUUUUUGAUUUCUAGCGUGCUCGCUAAUAUCCUCAGCCCAUUCUCAUCCUCAUCCUUUUGAGUUUAUGCAUUUACAAUACCGCGUAUGCGCCUGAGAGCUUAAAGGCCUAAAGUCAUUAUACGAUUGUUGUUACUCCUACAAAAAGUAUAGGACAGACUGGAUUCGUACUCUUAACGGCUUUUCGAAUGACAAUUGUUUUUAGAAAAUAGUUUUUGUUCACUCGCGCCAUAGAAAUUAUUAACCCAGUAUCAACGAAAUCAUGUCCUUUGUGUUUGUAUCUAUCAGGAGUGUUAGGCUAGUGAUAAGACUAUAUUGAAGGGAGUCACAUUUUGUAUGCAAGUAUCUUUAUCACGUCUCAAACGUAACUCUAUUUGAUAUAGCAGUAUUACUGUUGCCGUAUUGAGACACGGAAUCGAAUAAUUCUACUGAGAUUAAGGGUUAGAUACAUAAUUUUUUAAUGCGAUGCAUUCGUGCAUUCUGCAAAAAAGAAAAAUUUUGAGUUCAGUUCAUUUAUAAGUAUUCUUUAAAGAUAAAAACCAAUUUUGUUGCCAAUACAUAUUGCGUAAAUCGUGUAUCAUUCAUUUUUUAACACUGAUACCGUGAUCUAUCGGGCUUUCUUUUCACGUGAUUUAGAAAUACACUAUAAUGAUAUGAUGAUUUUCUAGAUGACAAUUUUAUUAGUCGUUUUAUAAGAUUCAUCUUUGUUUAUAUGAAUUUUUAGACUGUUGCAAAGUGCAACGUGCAUCCGAAUGUGCAUGAUUAUCGUGAAGAAAAUAGAAUUUUGAACUAUUUUAUAUACAGAGAGCCAUCAUUCUGAUAAAUCGCCAGGUUAUGUGUGUAAAGUAUGUUUUUUUUUUUAAAUUAUCCCUCGAUAUUCCUCGGGAAAUUAUAAAACUGCGCACGAAUGUUAAUCAGCCGUAGCAGCUGUAAUUCAAAGCCGUUUAUGAAAGUGGUAAUUUAGGUAUUCUGGCUCUCAGGUGAGAUAUUGUUAUUUAAUGAUCUAAUAAUAUGUAAGCUUUGGUUUAUAAUAAACAUUUAAACUUGUA